AGUUCACCAGUUGACACACUACAUCGGUUCAGCUUUACUGAAGGCUUUAGAGACUGAUCCAAAGAGAGGAAAAACGGUGCAACAAUGUCCAUCAAUCACAAUGAGCCGACAGAGCAGACCUGCCCGGAAAUCUCAGAGCAACAGGUUAACACAGAUCAGACUGAAUUAAGAUCCUGUGGAAUAAACCAUGUGGAGGGCGGAUGGCCCAAAGAAAUUGAUCUUCAAAAUUUGGAACACACCAGUCGUUUUAGAAAGAGGAAGGAAAGAGAAGACAGCUACAUAAACAGUAUCACUCAACUGGGCAGUAUCACAGAGCACAGCUUUAGGCAGAAUAAUGCCGUAGAAAUCUAUGAGAAAUACUUUGAGGAUGAGGAAGAUAUGAAUGAAAGUCAUGAGCCACCUCUUACCAAAACCAUGACUGUGUUCAGUGAUCCUACCCAUUUGCAGCGUGCUGCGAGAGGUUUGUCUUGGAGUACUUCUGAACCUAUGAAAUUUGCUGCUGCUUUUGCUUCUAACAAGUUCCCACUGUUGUCCGAAAUGUGCAAAGACUCCUAUGUCUGGGACAUUGAAAAAUCCAGUUCACCACUGAUGGUGCUAAAACCAUCGUCCUCACUUCUCUGUCUGGAGUACAACCCAAAUGACCCCGCCUGUCUUGUGGGAGGCUGCUACAAUGGGAGAAUUGUUUACUGGGAUACUCGGGAAAGCUGUUGGCCUGUGGGUUCUUCUCCUGAGGAUCACAGUCACAAAGAUCCAGUCAGCAAAGUGAGCUGGCUUCAACUCAAGGGCAAAAAAGAGGCAAUCUCCACUUCCACUGAUGGACAGGUUUUGUGGUGGGACAUCCGGAAGAUGAGUGAGCCCACAGAGCGUUUGAUUCUGGACCUGGGUGGGGAGAGGACCUGCCCCGUAGGAGCAAUUUCUCUCGGGCUAAACCACAUCAUGAACACAAAGAUCAUGUUGGGGACACAGCAUGGCUUGGUCAUCUCGUGUGACAAGAACGGAAAGACUCCAGCAGAAAAGAUUGUUAGUAUUUACAAAACCAACAAAGGACCUGUGUAUGCUGUGCAGAAGAACCCCUUCUUUCCCGGGAACUUCCUGACUGCAGGGGACAAGCAUGCUUGCCUCUGGUCUGACAUCAUUACCAGGUCCCCAAUCAUGGCAUUCAGGAAUGGAAUGCAAAACUUAACCGGUGCUUGCUGGAGUCCAUUCAGACCCUCCGUCUUUUUUACUCUAAAUAUGGAUGGCGUGCUGGACAUCUGGGACAUCUUGUUCAAACAGACUAGCUCCGCACUGAGUGUCAAGGUGUGUAACAGUGUUCUGUGCAGCAUUUCUGUUCCUGAUAAGGGGCCUCUGAUGACUUGUGGCUCUACUAACGGGGAAGUGAUGCUGUUGAAGGUUUGGCCUGGACUGUUGACCCCACGAAACAAUGAGAUCAGUUUAGUCACUGCUCUGAUUGAAAACGGAGAAAAACAGCAAGGUCCUUUGAGUCAAAUAGAAAAACCUUCUGAGGAAGAGGAUGAAGAGGAGGAUCCCAACGAGCUCAUCGCUCAAGCUGAAAGAGAUUUUUAUUCAAUGGCAUAGAUGGUGACGAAAGAAAAGGAAGGAUCUGCUCCAGAAAAAAAAUCAAAAAUGGCAACAAAAAUAUAAGGAAAUUACCAGAUGCUAGCAACAACUGGAAAAUGGACUUUGGCAUGUUUGCAGGUUAUUUAUUUACAUUGCUUGCAC